AAACAAAAAAAAAAUCCACGAGCCCCAGGUGGUCGUCGGUAGAAGCGCGGUCCACGAGGCAUUACAGUCAGUCGUUCCGACGUUCUCGCCCGUAGCAGUUCAAGUUCAGCAAGCCACCAGGUCGGCUAGCAGGCAGCACUAGCACACAGACCUCGUCCUCCCUUGGAAGACUUUUUCAACCAACUUGCAAUCCGUGUCGUCAGUCGCUCGUUCGGUCGAUCGGUUCAGUAUUCGCGCGCGAAGCGUGGCAAGUUCAAAAGCAUUCUAACCGUCAGCUGAUUCGGAAGCAUUUUCAGUCGGUCGGUGUUUGGUGUUAUCUUGAUCAGACCAUUUUCCUCUGAAGUUUUCACUUUUACUUGGUAGUUUCGCUACUAUCGCAGUUCGAGAAGUUUCAUAAGAGGAAAUCUCUUCUUACCCCUCCCGCGCGUCCGACGUCAUCAUCUGCCAACUUUAAUUCCGUCCGUGAUGCGUCCCCUAGUCCGCAGUACCAGCACGAUGUCGCUCGUACCGGUGCACUACCGCAGCUGGUGGGACGACUGGGAUCUCCCGUUGUACUCGCGCGUGAUGGAGAAAUCCAUCACCGAGGAAGUGCUCAGCGACGAUCCGCUCUGGUGGCGUCAUCCGCCGAUGCCCCCGCUACGCUGGUCCAGCCUGUGGCGCCCCUGGAAGUACUUCACCCUGCGGGACGUGGGCUCCCGGGUGGACUCGGACCGGGAAAAGUUUAUGAUCGAAGUCGACGUCCAUCAGUUCGCCCCGCACGAGGUCACCGUGAGGAAAACCGACAAGUACAUCACCAUCGAGGGCAAGCACGAGGAGAAACGGGACGAGCAGGGUUACGUCGCCAGACAGUUUUCGCGCCGGUAUCUGCUUCCAAUUGGCUACGAUGCAAACCUGGUCGUAUCAUCCCUCUCUUCAGAUGGAGUCCUGACCGUCACUGCCCCGAGAAUCGGCCUGCCAGCUCCGAAAGUGGAGAAGUUUGUCCCCAUCUGGCAUACCGGAAAACCUGCCAUCGAGGAUAAGAAAUUUCGUAUUGGGUUCUACCUGAAUUAGAUUUGUUGUGGCACCUCACUGUUCUGACUCCGACACUCACCUUGAAAAAACCGCGACAGGCACCCGAAAAUAAGCAGAGAAUAAAAAGACCAGCUCCCGCUCACGUGGCACGAUACCUACGAAAAACCCAAUCGGGAAAUUAUUGACAGACAUCAAAUCGAGGUCACGUUCCGAUACACAGACAGCAGACAGCAAACAAUAAAACGCGAACUUCAACUCAUCCAGACACCAAAGAUUACGGCCACCAUGGUGGGCCCUCGGAACGGAGGGCAACGGAUUCGCCGUCGUGGUCGAGAUAGAUUUUUAGAAUAUCAUCGUAGUGAUUGAAAGUGACUAAUCUAUCGUAGCUGGCAUGUGGCACAAAAUGUGAUUCAAUAAUAGUGUACGUUAUAGAUGUGAAAAUUUUAUCGAUACCUACAAUUGGUUGAAAGUUAACAAAGAGGAAUAAACCGUCACGUUUUCCGAAAUACAUCA